AUGGACGCCGCCUCUUGGAACCCCCAGGACCCGGCCUUGGCACCAAACCACGAUGAGGAGUUUCAGCAAUUCUUGGACUUGGGUGGGAUGGGCAACCUCAGCGAUGCGAUGCCCUUCGACUUCAACGACUAUCAGACUGGCAACGGGACCGGCAUCAUGCAUCAGCCUGGUCGCGAGCAGAUCGAUACUCAGAUGGGAGGAACCGACACGUCCAUGCUCAUGGGAGCUACCACCUCUGCUAUGCAAGCGCAGCUUAUCAACAUGACAACGGCCGCCGCGCACCCUGCUAUACAGACUCAAAUGAUUCCCCCGUCGACGUCAACCGAUGCCAUUACCGAAAUCGACGCCCAGAUACAGUACCUACAGCAGCAAAGGAUGCAACAGCAACAUCGCCAGAUACAAGAACAGCAAGUCGCAUACUACGCUAGCCAGACACACGCUGUUCCACCUACACCUCAGAGUCUCGAAAUGCCGCCCGCCAGCAACCAGUUCUACUCAAACGACCAAAGCCAGACGCCCAUGUUUGGCAGCAGGUAUCAAAGGAUGAAGGAGCAGCAGGAUAUGGCUUUCACUCCCUUGGUCUCGCCAGCUGUAACACCGUUGGAUCCUCAUUUCCAGAUGGAAGCUGGCGGAUUUACAAUUCCAAGCGCAUACUUCAGCCCUCUCACCUCGCCGGCAUUACACGCGCAAAGCGACCAGGGACUGCUUUACGACCGUCGAUCGUCCCUCUCAAACCACAAUUCACCAGCCGAGAUGGAUGUUGAAACCACGAUCACGCAACAGCCUGUGGUAGAUUUAUCAAAGAAGGCCCGCAAGACCAACGCCUCGAGAGCCAAGGCCAAAUCUAGUGUGCGACAGUCGCCGAUUUCAAAACCACAGCGCAAAAGGGCAACACCCACGCCGAAGAUGGUAUCCCAGGCUCUCUCGGAAAUGCGGGAGGUGAACGAGGAUGAGUUGGAUCAGAUGCUUCCUUCGACGGCUCUGCCAGCCCCGAUGAGCAGCGAGGAGUCUGAAAAUGCAUCAGUAUCGCCGGAGAACCUGUCAGAUAUGCCCCCGCCGCCUCUUCCGCAACAGAAGCAAUCGAGCAAAUCACCCUUUAUUCAACCUCAACCUCAACCUCAGCCUCAUCCCGCGAUUCCGGCUCACGUUCAAGGGAAGCCGUCUCCCGCCACACCGGCCUCUCUCAUGAAGCUGCCUGCUUCCAGCGCAAACAACUCCGCCUCAUCAAAUCCUCUCGAUCUAGGCCCAUCAGACCAUAUUGAAUCGUUCGAGUUGCCCGAAUCCGUGAACUUUUCUUCAUCAAAAACGAAACCCCCUAGACUGGACACAUCAACACCGACUCAGUCGCCUCUGGACCCUGGCACGGCUGCGGGCUCGUCCUUCCAGCCGCUGCCUUCCCCUGUAUUCGCCAAACCCACCGCUGCGGCGUCAGCCAGCGCGAGCCCGAACCUUGCUCCUGGAUCUUCAGGUCCAUCGGCGCGGAAAACGCCAAAGCUGUUGGCCAGGGGAAGCCAGAGCAAGAGGGGAAGCGUGAGCUCGGUACAUGUUUCGCCUGCGUUGCGGCCGAGGAUAUCUCCUAGCAUCAAGCCGCUCCUACCUGGAACCCCAGGUGGCAUGUCCGCCGAAGACACCGCAUCUCGUCUGUUAAUGUCAAAGUCCAACUAUCAGAACAUCCUCGAGGGCAAUACCGUGCCCGGUGUGACGUAUCCCAGCGAACUGUCGACCAACCUCACAUCAAAGCGUACUUCUCACAAGAUUGCGGAACAGGGCCGCCGGAACCGAAUCAACUCGGCGUUGCAAGAGAUUGCGACGCUGCUGCCGCAACCGCCAAAGGAAUCCAAGACCGAAAGCGAAGAGAGGAAAGAGAGAGAAAAAGAGGCCAAGGCUGGAGGGGCGCCGAACAGUAAAGCCAGCACCGUCGAGCUGGCCAUUGAGUACAUUAAACAGCUCAAGCAGGAAGUCGCCGAUGCCACCAAGCGAGCCGAGGAGGCGGAGAAGAAGUUGGAGCUCAAGGAAAAGUCCUUGGAGCAGAAGGAGGCGGUGGAGAGCUAG